ACCGUAGUAAUUGUUUUUUUUUUAAAUUAUUUUACAGUAGUAAUUUUCUUUAUAAUAUUUAUUUUACUAGUAAUUUAUUUAUCUGUAGUUUUAGAUUUAUUAAAACAUUUGAUCAGUAGUUUUUAUGCAGUUGUCUCGUAUUCCCACAACUAAAGGAAAAUACAAAUACAAAUACAAAUAAAAAUAAUAACUAGAAGUAGUUUUCAUAAGGCCUACGCGCUUUUAAAAUGUGUGUUUUCUUGUAUUUUAAUUUAUUUUCUAGCUUGUAACAUUUCUUCCUGCGAGUAAAACGAAGCUUUUCAUAUAUGUAUAGAUUUACUUUGAAGAUUGGUUAUGAUGGCAGGGUCUUUCCAUCAUUGCUUUGAAGAAUUAGUUACUUUCCCUUCACAUCUAAGUGGGGAUUUAAAAAAGGUAACUGAGUAAAAUGUGAAAAAGGUAAUUCAUGUGGGUGAAUAUGAGUUAAAUCAUGCAUUAAUGCCGCAAUUAUAGGUAUACACUGUGUUAAAUAAACUCAUCUUAAACAAAUUCACGAGGUUCUUGUAGCAUAUAUGAACUUUUUUUCUAUUAGAGAGACGGACAUUAGUCCGGAUAUAUAUCAUUCGAUUAUGUGUAUGAGAAAAUAUAAUUAUAAUGAUUAAGAUUAACAUCCAAAAACGUCAUUCAUAUUAUUUGUAUAUAUGCCAAUCAUUUAGUAAAUUUUAAAAUUGUUGUCAAACAAAAAGUAACAUCAGAGGAUAAUCAAUCAUUUAGUUUAGAUUAUCCCAAUAAAACUGAAAUAAUAAUCUGGUAUAAAACGUCUCAAUCGGCCACUCUACGUGGUUUUAACCUCUCAUCCCCUUAUGGCACCUUUAGCCCUGGUUCUUAAGACCACCUCCAUUGAUGGGGUCUAAAGUAGAGUUUCAAGCAAAAGUGAAAAAAAAAAAAAAAAAAUGGAGAAAAAAAGAAGAAGAUUUUUAAUUGGGUUAUUUGGAACUGGUAAGACACCCUAAUGUGGUAGUAUCCCAUUCGAUUACUCCUUUAAUGUCUCUCUCUCCUUCGUCUCGCGAAAUCAAUUUGGCUUCCUCCUCCAUUCUCGAUCAAUCCAUCGCUGCUCUCGAAUUUCAUCAUCUCAUCUCAUCGUUCUAUUCUGAGAUCUCAUCUCAUCUCAUCUCAUUGCUCUCGGUUAGGCAAGGCUUCCUCCUUCAUUCUCUUUGCUUCCGAAUCUCAUCUCAUCUCAUCGUUCUCUUCUGAGAUCGAAUCUCAUCUCAUCUCAUCGUUCUCGGUUAGGCAAGGAUCCCAUCUCAUCUCAGAAGAGAAGAAGGCUUGAAGAGAAAGCAAGGAUCGAGGGAAGGAUGAAACUCAGACAACAUGCAAGGCUUGCGGUAAUGAAGGUGGAAGAAGAUGAAGAAGAAGAAGAAGAAGAAGAAGCAAGAUCUUUUGCAUAGAAACAGAGGGUUGGUUGGUUAUAACAAGUGAUGAUGAUGACUUUGAGGGAACAAAAUCUCUAUUAGUCUGGAAACGAUAUGCUUAAGCUAUGUGUGAAUGAUUUCGUCAGUUUUCUAUAAGGUUCGUGUGAGUUUGCUUUUGAUUCAUUACGGAAUCAACACAAACGUCAGAAAUGGAUUCACCAUCAUCAAAACAUCUGUAUUUUAUUUCAGAAAGCAACAGGUAUAUCACAUGAGACUUGCAGACGAAGAAAAUUACCAUGUGACAGAACAAGACAAUAUGUCUGAUGUAAUAAAGUUGUUGAGUUUUGUAUCUCGUGAAGUCCUAAUUUGUGUGAAAUGUUUCACGUUUUUUUUAGUUGUACCAAACGAUAUACAACCUGUCUAAACUUGUCUAUAUAAACUUGUGAGAAAGAAAUCAAAUGUAAAACAGAACAACAACUUUGAGCAUCUUCAUAUCUUUUUUAAAAGCAAUUCACUACAGGAAAUGUGGGUAUUAAUAGCGUCGUAGCAUAGCGUUUUUUGCUUCUCUGCUAUUGUAUAUAAACACGGGCCUUUAUAAUAGCGUUUUUGAAAUGUAUAAGCUAUCUUUGUAGUCGCGGGAAAAUAAAAUAAUUCAGCCGCGUUAAUUUGGUAAGUGGAGGCGCCUUACCAUUGCAAAUCAAAAACUAAAUGCUAUCGUAUAUGAAAAAAUAUAUUAAAAAUAACUUAAGUAUUAAUCAAAACCGAGACUUCAUUCUCUUCACUUCACUCUCUUCACAUUCCUCAAAAUCAAAAUCGACUCAUCGAAGUUCUUCAGAGUUCUCUCGAGUCGAAGCUUCAAUUGGUAUGAGUUUCGAUUUGAUUCUGAGUUUAGAAUAGAGACUGGUUCUCUCGAGUCGAAUCUCUUUGAUUUUGGGUUUCUCUUUGAUUCAAAUCUCUUUUCACAUGCAUGUCCGCGUUAACACAUGAUUCGAUUUUUAUUGUGGGUUUCGAUUAGGUUUUGAAUAUGAUUGUGGGUUUUGAUUAGGUUUUGAAUAUGAUUGUGGGUUUCAGUUUGAUUUUGAAUAUGAUUGAAGGUUUCGAUUUGAUUUUGGGUUUAAAUUUUUUGAUCGAAUGGCUUGAUUUGAUUUUGGAUUUGUUUAUCAGUUUCAGAAAUGGCAAAGACAAGAGGAGGACUAGUUGGUUCUCGUCGGAGUAGACGUAAUCUAGGCUUGGAGGUAGUAGAUCAAGAGGACAAGGCACCGCAACUAAAAGUGAAGAAAAGAACAGCAAAGAAAAUGGCUUCCCCUAAAAAGAAUUUAGUUUUAACGCCAACGAGAAGAAGUAGUAGAAUCAAGAAAGUGGCUGCUGAAGAUGAUUACAUAGAAGAUGUAACACCACCUGACGAUGAUGAGGUAGAAGAUGUUACACCUCCUUAGGAUGAUGAAGUACAAGAUGUAACACCUGCUCAGGAUGAUGAAGUAGAAGAUGUAACACCCGAAGAUAAGGAUGAUCAGGCUGAGAAGUCAAUGUCUGAAGAAGAUAAAGACGACGAAGAGGAUGUCAAUGGGAAAGAGGAUGAAGAAGAUGGCGAUGUCAAUGGGAAAGAGAAUGAAGAAGAUGGAGAUCUCAAUGGGAAAGAGAAUGAAGAAGAACCGGCCAAUAUGGAAGAUGAUGGAGUUCUUAAUGAGAAAGGGAACGAAGAGGAAGCUUGCGAAGAAGAAGCUCGCGAUAUGGAAGAAGAUGGCACUGCGCAAGAUGAUGAGAUUCCUAGUACUGAAGGAGUUGAGCUAGCAGGGGAGGAAGUUCAAAAAAAAAUAAAAGAGGACCUACAAAGUUGCGUAGAGUGGCUGAAAAUCCCAAUGAUAAGAUUAUGGUCACAUUCAAUGACAUUGGUGAGCAUGUUGGACCUGGUUCAGUAACACUAUCGUCGUUUCUUGGUCCUCUUGUGAGGGAACAUGUUCCGGUUACACUUGCCGAUUGGAGAAAACUUGAUGCAGCGACUAAAGCAACAAUGUGGGAAGAAAUUCAGGGGAGGUUUAACUUGCAAGAAGAGUGGCAGAAAGCUGUUAUUUUCAAGCAGCUGGGAAAUGUGUGGAGGGCUGGGAAGUCGAGGCUGGUGUCACAAGUACGUGUGGCGAAGACUGCAGCUGAGAGAAUAGCUUUAAAACCGAGCAACAUCCCAUCCCUUCAACUGUGGAACACUUGGGUUAAGAGUAAGACUACCAAAUCUUUCACAGUGAGUUAUCUACAACUAAGUAAGUUUCAUCCUUAAAGGUCAUGUCUGAUGGAUAUAAUCAAUGUCAUAUUUAUAUUGUAGGAAACGAGUAACAAGUACAGAGCGAUGAGAAGAAAUCAGAUUCCUCACACCACCAGCCGCAAAGGAAUGCUUCGUUUAGCUGAUGAUAUGGUAAAAGAGUAGUCAAACAUCUACAUAUUGUACAUCAGCUUGUUAGAUUAAAAUGGUAGUGAGAUAUGUUUGUUUUCAUAUAGAAAAAAAAGAGUAAAGACCCAAGUAAGGUGAGUAGAUCCAAGGUUUGGAUUGCGGGACACACUCAUGCUGAUGGCAGACCUGUGAAGCCCCAGUUUGCUGAGACUAUUGUAAGCAUUAUGGAAGUUGUAUAUUGUGUAUAGUUAAUAGACUAUGGCAAUGAAUGAUUUUGUGUUUAAAUGAUUGUAUCAGGAACAAAUACAGUCACUUGACAGUCAGAUGGACUCCACAUCAGCUGCUGAUAACAUAAGGGAAGAUGCUGUGAGCAAGGUUUUGGGAAAAGACAAACCUGGACGAGUAAGGGGCUUUGGUAGAGGGAUUACAGCUAAUAAGCUAGCAUAUCUGCAAUUUAGAGACGCUAAGAUUGCAGAAAUGAAAAGUGAGAUUGAAGAUUUAAAGGGGAUGGUGCGAGAAUUAGCUGAGAAGAAGAAAAGUAAUGUUGAUGCUGAAACAUCUGAGAGUAGUGGUGGAUUCAAAGAAGGAGUCAGAGUACAAAUACUGGAUUGGAUUGAAUCAGAGGAUGUUGUUGUUGGUGAAGGAGAAUUCUGCUCUGCUGAACCGAAGUACAAAAUUGGUCGUAUACCAAUUGGUCCUAAUGCAGUGGCUAUCGUAGUUAAGUAUGCACUAAGCGCAUCAGCUUCACUCUGGAGGCCUACUACGGAUGUGUUAACUCUUGAUGAAGCUGUGGGAUACAAGAUAUCUUGGCCAAUGGAUAAAGUGAUUUUGGAUAAGGAUCCAAACUGUUCUGAAGAUUUAUCUAUGCAAAGCAAGGAAGGUGAAUAUCGAAGAUGCAAGAUAUAUGAUUGGACCAAUGAUGAGGACGAGGUCAUUGCUGAAGGUCUCGUGUGCUCUUCAAAAUCCAAAGACAUGGUUAACAACAUACCUCUGGGUCCCAAUGCUGUUAGUGUCGAAGUAGUGAAGGUGUUCAAUGAUCAAGCAUAUUUGUGGAGGCCAACCGCUGAUAUGUUCUUGAUUGGUGAUGCACUUAGCGAGAAAAUAGCAUGGCCAGUCCUAAAGGUUGAAGUCAUGCCUACACCCGCUACAGAAGUAACACCAACUAAAUGUGCAGGGAAGAAAAUAGCAUCACCUUCGAAGCCAGCCAAGAAAAAAGCAGUGAGUCCAGGCAGCACUAGUUCGACCAGAAGUCCGAAGCAGAAGUGCACUCUCUUGGAUUGCAACAACUCUGGACGUAAGGUAGCUGAAGGAAGGGUAGCUUCAACGGAUCCGAAUGAGUUGUGCCACUUUGUACCCCUAGGUCCAAAUGCAAGCAAGGUGUGGAUUGAUGUGGCUAAGAUCGGUGAUGCAAAAGUCUGGAGGCCAAAUUCAGAGAUUGAAUACAUAUCUGAUGCAAUGGGUUCGGUUGUGGCAUGGCCAAAUGACAAAAUCAAGUUUGUCUAAAAUUGUCGUCUGAAACAUUUUUCAAGUUGGUUCUCAUCGGCUAUGUAUUUCUAGUGUGUGAUCGAAUGUUUAGGUACUUUUUUACUCGGUUGAAAUCAUGUAUGAUAUUAUGUAACAGUUAGCAGACAAAAAAAAAAAAAAUUAUGUGUUAUAUUAUGAUAUAAGGUUAUGUGUGAAAAUGUUUAGCUUGUUAACCCCUAUACCCUUAAGUGCAUAAUUUUACAUUAAACCAUAAGCUUUAAAAAUUAAAUCCACAGACGGGAAGACCAAAAAUUAAAAUC